ACUGACAGAGCAGGGGAAGAUCAGCAGAGAAGUCCAAGUAUCUCCUCAGGGCCACAGCAACCUCAUCCGUGGGACAGAAUAGAGAGACAUUAUUAGGGAGAAUUAGAGAGACACAGAUCAAGCUUUUAGAGUGUUUCGUGGUGUGUUUGUUUGUCCCGCUGCUGCUAUGAGCAGGGUUUUGAUUUUGUGUUUGCUCCUGCUGUCCAUGAGCUGCUGCAGAGGUGCCGUCAUCACUGGGGCGUGUGACAGGGAUGUGCAGUGUGGUGUGGGUCUCUGCUGUGCUGUGAGUCUGUGGCUCCGAGGUCUCCGCAUGUGCACACCGCAGGGGCUGGAGGGAGACGAAUGCCAUCCAUACAGCCACAAGGUUCCUUUCCCUGGCAAGAGACAGCACCACACUUGCCCCUGCCUGCCACAUUUGGUCUGUACCAGAUACGCUGACAACAGAUACCGCUGUACCAGUGACUUCAAAAACAUAGACUUUUAACAGGAGAAAGAAUGCGCGAAAAAAGGAAUGGAGGAGUUGAAUACUUGAAAAAGAAAGCAGGACAGCACAAGAAGAUUAACAAGUGCCAUAGCACCUCUCUGCUCAUUUUUCACUCUCAUGCACUUUGCACUACAAAACUACUUUUAUCCAGCUUCUCCAGAAACGCAGAUGUACAUCAUCUCCAGCAGCACAAGGUCUACCUCAGAAUCAUUGGUUUACCUUGGCAUCCACCACACCCAAACACACACAUAAAUUAGUUUCAUUACCUGACCUUUAUGUUAAGAGUAUGCAAACAGACAUUUAGUAAGAAACGUGCUUCAGAGAGUGUCACAUUUCUGGUUGAAUUCCAUCUUCAAUAUGCUGUGCAUUUGUUGAAGGCUUAGUUAUUGUAAUUAAACUAUAAUCAGUCUAA